UAGGCUGGACUGGAGAUCACGAAGGGACAAGGAAAUAAGGACUAUUUUUACGCGACUUUUCCGUUCACUUGGAACGUUUAUAAAUAUAUAUAUAUAUAUAUGUAAAAAAUGAAAAAAUAAAAAAAGGAAUAUGGAAGGGAAAAGCGGAUACCUCUUAUUCACGCGCACCGCAGUGGUUUACGGUUUAAUCCUCAUCAACCCGGUGUUAAGUGAUGACUGGACUCAUGCCCAUGCAGAGGACAAGUUGUUCAACAGGCUGUUCAUUGGCUAUAACAAGUGGUCCCGCCCCGUACGGAACAUCAGCGACGUUGUCAUCGUCAAGUUUGGUCUGUCCAUCGCACAGCUCAUAGACGUGGUGAGACAACUCGCACAUUCAUGUUUUCUACACUUAACCUAUCACUCAACCAAUCAAAUCUCUAUCCUUCACCCUCAGGAUGAGAAGAACCAGAUGAUGACCACCAACGUGUGGCUGAAACAGGAGUGGAGUGACUAUAAACUGCGGUGGCGUCCAUCUGACUACGACAACGUAACGUCCAUUAGAGUACCUUCUGAACUGAUCUGGGUACCUGACAUCGUCCUCUAUAACAAUGCGGAUGGUGAGUUUUCAGUGACCCAUAUGACCAAGGCUCAUCUGUUCCAUAGUGGUCAUGUGCGCUGGGUUCCCCCGGCCAUCUAUAAGUCCUCCUGCUCUAUAGACGUCACCUUCUUCCCCUUCGAUCAGCAGAAUUGUAAAAUGAAGUUUGGCUCCUGGACCUACGACAGAGCUAAGAUAGAUCUAGAGCCUAUAGGGGAUACUGUGGAUCUGAAGGACUACUGGGAGAGUGGUGAAUGGGCUAUAGUGAACGCAGUGGGAACCUACAACACUAAGAAGUACGACUGUUGCCAUGAGAUCUACCCUGAUAUAACCUACUAUUUCAUGAUCAGACGCCUGCCUCUAUUCUACACUGUCAACCUCAUUAUCCCUUGUCUCCUCAUCUCCUGUCUCACCGUCCUGGUGUUCUAUCUGCCUUCUGAUUGUGGAGAGAAGAUCACCCUGUGUAUCUCCGUCUUACUUUCUCUCACCGUCUUCCUGCUGCUCAUCACUGAGAUCAUCCCCUCCACCUCCCUGGUGAUUCCUCUCAUCGGGGAAUAUCUCCUUUUCACCAUGAUCUUUGUCACUCUGUCUAUUGUGAUAACGGUGUUUGUCCUGAACGUCCAUCAUCGUUCCUCUGCUACUCACACCAUGCCUCGCUGGGUUCGGACACUGUUCCUGUCUGUCAUUCCCCGGUGGCUCUGCAUGAAACGACCUCCACCUGAUCUCAGGAGGAGGGGCUUAGUCGGCAAACUCCACCCUUUCGGAACCUUCAGAACGCCUGGCCCCUCCCGCUCUUCGUCGCAUUCCACAGCUCACACCUGGCUCAUGCGGGAGUCCGAUGUUGAUCUCCAUGGUAACGAGGACGAGGAUGUGAUUCGCCGUGGUUACUUGGAUACGGAGAUGGACGCGGGGUUAGGGGUGGGGCUGAGGCUUCCCCCAUCCUUCUCCUUUCCCCCUCCCUCUCCCCGCCUGCCCGUCUACACCCCCCUCAUCCCCAAGACUCACACCACCCAGCGGCCCCCCAAUCUGAGCCUGACCCCCGACUGGGACUACAAUCCCCCAGGGUCUGAUGUUGGUAUGGCCCCAGUUCCAGCCCUGUCUCCUGCAGUGUUACGAGCCCUGGAGGGGGUGAUGUACAUCGCUGAACACCUCAGAGCCGAGGACCAAGACUUCUCUGUGAAGGAGGACUGGAAGUACGUUGCCAUGGUGAUAGAUCGUAUCUUCCUUUGGAUGUUCAUCAUCGUGUGUCUCCUGGGAACCAUCGGAUUGUUCUUACCACCCUGGCUGGCCGGCAUGAUCUAGAACCCUGUGUGUGUGUACCUAAGGGCUCGUCCUUCUGCUAUGGCUCUCUCCGGAAUGAUCUAGAAGAGUUCUAAGAACUGUUCCUUACUCCAGGCAUUCUAGAACUUUAUCCUUCUCCGUUCUACAAUCUAGUGUCAACGUUAAUGAUGUUGAGGACCUGGACCCAGGACUCUCCAGCCAAGUCACAACUCCAAGAAGCAUCCCACCUGUUCACCCCCCUGUCCCCCUCCCC